CUGAUAGUACAAGAUUGACUCAGUGUACUAGUGGGAGCUGUGGCAUACCAUGUGAAGAAAUUUGUCAGCAUAGAGUGGUCCAGGAUGAGUUGAUGAUAGACAUGAAGUCAACACAUGAGUUUGGUACCAAUACAGAAGAUAUGACUGUUGAUAAGAACUGCUCAGUUGCCACGCGAUAUAACUGUAGUACGAGGGAAAAGGAAUUACAUGUAUAUAGCUGUAAUUUCUGCCAACAGAGCUUUCCUUCAAAAUACAGAUUCAUAAAGCAUGUGUUUAUGCACAUUGAUGGCAUGCAACCACCUUCGUAUGUUUGUAAGUGGUGUGGUGAAGUAUUUCACAGUAAUGUUAGUUUGAAAAAACAUUUGAGAAUGAGUGAGAAUUUUGUCUUAACUGCUGGAAACCAUGAAAAAUAUGGCUAUAGUGGAGAGCAUCAAAGCAGUAUCUUUCCAGAUAGUGAGCCGGAAGUUUCUAUUGCAGAAUACAACGAGCUGAAUUCAUACAAGGAAACAUGGAAAGCUGCUAGUGACAUAGGUAACACACACAUGACAAAUGAUACAGGGGAAACAAAUCAUUAUGGAUCUUUAUCUACAACUGUUAAUGUCAGAUCCCAGGGUGAUGUACUUACUACAAACAGAAGCCACAAAUGUGAUAUUUGUGGCAAAUCUUUUGCUGGUGCAGGCAAUCUCAAGAAACAUGGAUUAAUUCACACUCGAAAAAAACCUCACAAAUGUAAGAUUUGUGGCAAAUCUUUUGCUUUCCCAAGCCAUCUCAAGAAACAUGUGUUUCUUCACACUGGAAAGAAACCUCAUAAAUGUGAGCUUUGUGGACAAUCUUUUGCCAGCAGAAGCAAUUUCAAUAUACACACAUUAAUUCACACUGGAAGAAAAUCCCACAAAUGCGAGAUUUGUGGGAAAUCUUUUGCCAGCAGAAGCACUCUCUAUAGACAUACUUUAAUUCACACUGGAAAAAAAUCCCACAAAUGCGAGAUUUGUGGGAAAUCUUUUGCUUUCUCAUGCAAUCUCAAGAGACAUGUGUUUCUACACACUGAAAAGAAACCUCAUAAAUGUGAGAUUUCUGGGAAAUCUUUUGCUUUCUCAAAAGGUCUCAAGAAACAUGUAUUACUUCACACUGGAAAGAAACCUUAUAAAUGUGAGAAUUGUGACAAAUCGUUUGCCCUCUCACGUUAUCUAAAGAAACAUGUAUUCAUUCACACUGAAAAGAAACCACACAAAUGUGACAUUCGUGGGAAAUCUUUUGCUAGGGCAGGCAAUCUCAAGACACACGUUCAUUCACACCAGGAAGAGACCUCACAAAAGUGA